AUGGAAACUAAGAAUACUAUCCAAGCAUCCGAACUGAGUGAACAGAAUGAGGCUAAGUCAACGUACGAACAAAUUGAAAAGGAUAGAGUCCAACUGGUAUCCAAAAUAGAAGAGUUAUACCAAGAUGUCGUCGAACACAAACUCGUACUGGAAGCCUUGGAGAAUGUCCCCUCUGAUAGACGGUGCUAUAGAAUGGUUGGAGAAAUACUGGUGGAAAGAACUGUUGGUGAAAUUAAACCAGCUUUGGUAGAUCAUAAAAACAAGGUGGAACAAAUCAUAGGAGAGUGCCAGAAGAAGUUGGACGAAAAAAACUCCGAACUUACAAAAUUUGUGAAAAAGUAA